GAGUAUGAAUUUUGCGUAGCCCACUGGCAUAAGGAAUGUAAUUCAUUGGUGCAUUGGUGCAUGGAGUUCUAACAACGCUCUUCCAGACGUAUUCAGAGAGACUUACAAAACAACUUCUUGAGGACACGCAGGAGUUUCAAAGAUCUACAGUAGGCUACAAUGCUGGACACUUCGUCUAAGGCAUUUUGCACUGAGCGCAAGGGCCGGUGGUUGCGUGGCGCACUGUGCCACCACUAUAGCCCGGACCCUUGUGUAGCGAACGAGAUCCUGGUCCUGUCUACUGGCAUCGACCAGUACUUGCAGGAGAUCUUCCAUCAUCUUGUGUUCCACAACUCUGAGGAAGCUAUCUCCAAAGAGGACUUCAGUAUGCUUUGCUUGAUAUUGGGAAUUUCAACAGCAAAUAGUCACCAGGACAAAAAAGAAGGUGAGGACGGAGGAGGUAUUUUGACCGACUUACCUUGCGAGCUGAAAUUUAGAGAAUUUCACGCUCGCCUGUGUGGUCAUUUUUCCUUAAAUGCCAAAGGCGGGAAGUCUGCGGUGCGUCUCCCUGUCUCUGAAGAAACCGAGCACAUAGAACGUGAGAUCCGUGUUCGGUGGCCACGAGUUCGCCGACGGAAGUGUGUGAGUUUUGACCUGUCUAGAGAACAAAGAGAUACAGUCAAAAGAAAGCAAGAGCAGUCGUCGGAGAACAGAACUUUUGCUGACUGGAGCAGCGAGACAGCGAGCGCCCUCAGUCCGCAGAGGGUCCUGCAAGAGCAGCUCACCAUGGAGAACGCCAGCCUGAGGGAGCUGGUGGAGGACCUGCGCUCUGCCCUGCAGGCCAGCGAUGCCCGCGCCAUCGCUCUGGAGGUGGCACUGCGCCGCGCCACCGAGGGGAAGGAGGACAGAUUCGAGACUGCCGCGGGCAACGCCAAAGCCGCGACCCCGAGCCAGAACAGCGGCCGGAGCGGUGGCGGUGGCGGUGGCGGCCGCUGCUGGGGUCAGCGGAAUUGCGCGGACCUGCAGCGGGAGCUGGAUCUGAUGCGCUCGUCGCGCGACGGACAGGUGCAGGAGGCCAUGCGCUACGGCCGGCAGCUGGAGGCGGAGCUGAACAAGGCCCACCGGCAGGCCGAGCUGCUGGAGGAGGCGGCGGGCCGGCUGCGGAAGGAGCGCGCUCAGAUGAGGAGCAGGGUGGAGGAGGCGCGGGCGGCGCUGGCCGCCGGCCUCAAGAGGGUGGAGGAGCUGCAGGGGCAGGCCGGCCAGGUGGCCCCACUGCAGGAGCGCGUCCAGCAGCUGGAGACGGAGCUGGACCACCUCAGACGGUCUGUUUCCUUUAGGUACAUAUAUUCCUGCAAAGCUGCAAGCGAAGCAGAAGUGGACUCUGAGGGUGAGAGUCCAGCUGCGGUCAUCUCUGGCCAGUCCACUCCACAUGUCCAUCCUGGGGGUGAGGACCGCAGCAUCCGAGGAGGAGAAGAGUGUCUGCAGAGGGCUGUGGAGGGCCGAGCGGCUUCAGACGAGGAAGCAGAGGAGGAGGAGGAGGAGAGGGGGGAGGACGAAGGCCAGUGUUGCCUUCUGGAGGCGAAGAGGCUUAUUCAGCAUCUGCAGCAUUGCACAAAAGGGUGCCAGAACGCCGCCGUACGCCAGGCUUUCUUGUUGCACAAUCUUCACCAUGGUGAUGGGGAGUGUGGAAGCGCAGCGAGGGGAUUGGGCGGCACGCUUCAGAGCCACGAGUGGGAGUGGAAGAGAUCGUGCGAGCUGGAGAAGGAGUUAGAGCGGUGUCAGGAGGAGGUGCUGGUGCUGCAGGGGGAGGUGCAGGAGGUGGAGACGGAGCGCGUGCGGCUCUCUCUGCUGGAGGAGCGGCUCACCGACGCCCUGGAGCUGCUGCUGCAGCUGCGCUCAAAGAGAGUGUCCCGAAGGAUGCUGGGUAAGAUCCUCAUGAGCUCUUUGGAUGUCUUCAGCCAAAAUGAUCAAGGUCCCUCAGCCGUGCUGCAGGUGGUGGACACCCUCUGCCAGCAGCUUCUGUCCAGUGAGCUCCUGAUCUCAGGGGAGGCUGGAGGAGGUGCGGGGGAGAGUGGGGCGCCAGCAUCCUGGCCCAGAGUGCCGGCCUCCGGCCAGAGCGCCACCAACCCCCUGCUCAUCUCCUGCUGAUGAGGCCGUCCUACAGCACAGCUGCCUCUAACCCACUCUAGGGGUGCCUCUCAUUCGUCUUUUAUACAUCCUCCCUUCCUUCCUUCCUUCCUUCCUCGGGCCUCGUGCUCACUGAUCUACAUAAAGAAUGAUGGGGCGGCAACAAUGGGGUAGUCUAUUUAGUGUUAGUUAUAGUGGGAAUGAGCCUGGAGGACCGAGCAUCGAGGAGAGAUGUUGAGAGGCACCCUGUAGACCUUUCAUCAGACUGACAUUUGGGAGACAUUUUCUGUGCCGGUUCAGUUGUGAAAUCACCAGUUGGGGGCAACAUCCUGUACCUGAACGGUUCGGUGCACAUAUGCGUACCUUUACACCCCUACGAUGUACAGUGCUGAAGAAAAUCUUCACAGAUUGUUGGGAUAAUCUGAAUGACUGGCGCAGACACAAACUAUUCAUGAACAUACUGUAUCAUCAAUAUAAGCUAACAUGUUCUUAACUUUACCACUAGUUUACUCUACCUCCUUUCCAAAUUGGUGGUAAAAGACAAAGCAUUUGAGACGGAUCUUAAGCACUAGUUGGGUUUCCAGUACAGCUUUGUGUAAAACUUACCGAUAUUUGAUAUACAACAAGUGAGACACAAAUGUGACUGGUUGUUUCCAUUAGCUGUAAGUGAUACAGUGCGAUUAAAUAUGAGUUUUUAAUCUUCUCAUGAUAGUUAUUCCAGAUACUGUAAAUGUGACAAUGAAUUUACCAAAAGAUUUGACAGUUUAACUAAACUGCAUCCUACCAAAGCUGUGUGUUAUGUCUCUAGCUGAUGUCGUUUCCUGUGCUUCAUUAUUCACACAUACAACACUGUGGUAGUAGCUAUUAAUAGAGGACGGCAGAAAAAUAACUGUCGAAAGCUAAUCCCUAAACCCUAAUCAGGACAAACUCACUCUUUUGUUCCAGAAUACCAGUGGAUGUUACUGUUAACUUUAACCAGCCAUCAAAUUCAGCACUGAUAUUAGGGAGUGGUUUGUAUAAUAUUUUAACACUAAUAUUAUAACUUGCCCAAAUAUUUAAACAAAUGGUUAAUUGUGGAAUUUGAUUGUAUCUUACUAUCGAAUGCAAUUUUCUCAUCAUUAAGCUUAGACUCAGCUUUUUGAUAUGAGAUUUGCACAGAUCUGAGGAGAUUUUUUGGAGUAGGAUGGAUGCAGUUGUGUACUUAAUUUCAGAGAAUAUAUACUGUAUGUCCAUAUUAUUUAAUACUAACCCUGUCAGGGCAAUCACUGGUUGUGUACAAAGCGGUGCCAACCAGUCUCCUCUGUCACUGUUUACAGCCUGCCCCACUUCCAGGCUUCAUUUGACAGGAUGGUGAAGAGACGACAGGAAGGGAGGGGGGGGGGGGGGGGGGUUACUUCAGACCAGACUUGAACUGUUUGUGGUAGACAGAGGAUCCCCCAUUUCACCUGUUUGUAUCCCUGAACUACAUGUGCCAUGCUGUAUGCUAUUUGAUAUUGUAUGUGGGAGACAAAAUGUCGAUAAGCUUUCCCCUGGCAUUUCACAUGCCUUAGUUUUUCCUAGAGCAUUGGUUACAAGGCACUUAACAGUACAGGAGUGUGAGGACAUUGAAUCUUUCAAAUCACUAAAAGCACUGAACUGAACUUUAUUGUGUUCAGAAGACACAGUUUUCAUGAUCGUUUGUGUGAGUGACUGUAAUUCUGCAAUGCUGUCAAAUCUAUGUUAAUAAUCAUGAAUAAAAUAUUGCA